AUGGAUAAAAGGACCCCUUCCAUUACUGCGGACAGCCGUUAUUUAUUGCUUUUAAAUCUUCUGCUAGUUUUUGCUGUCUCAUCUUCAAAAAGUCAUUGUACAAACAAAUGGUGCGAGAAAAAGUCUUUGUCUCCUAAAACCGACGCCAAACACAAUUCGUCCCUAGCUGGAUACGUUUUUGAGGCCUUGAACGUUUCGAUCUGGAAAGAAUGUUUUCACGUGUGCUUGAGCAAAUGUCUGUGCCACUCGUUUAACUUUAACGAACUCAACAAAACCAAAAAUUGUGAGCUGAACGAUGCAACAGCAACACUGGAACCGAAGGCCCUGGAGAAAAGAGAAGGCACAACUUAUUACGAAAUAGGGAGGUCUUACUUUGACCAAAAGGUAAUUUUGGUUUUAUUCACAGCUCCACUAAGGGUCAUUUUUUUAGUGGAUUAACCAGCAAAAAUUUAUCUUUUAAAUUUUUUUCGGUCUCUGUUGUUUCAGGCGUUAGCUUGUGGCAAACUUAACAACCACACUCUGCUCAAAAAUAUAAUUUAAAUUCGGAGUCCCUUUUUUCCACAAACAUUAGUAAGACUAAAAAAAUAAAAUAGAAUGAGAAUGACCAAAAAAAAAAAAAAUAGAAAGAGACAUCCUUUAAAGGGAUUAUUACUAUUGGUUAGAAAAACUCAUUCGGUUUCCAGGUGGACUACAUGUUAAAAGUAUAAACAAAUUAAAAUGCAAAGGUUUGCCUUCCCUCCUCCGCUUUACACUUUUUAAAUAUUUAAAAUAAAACUGAGUAUUAUAAUCAAAGAAUUUUUAGAAAAGGUUUUAACUGUCAAAAUUACCGUUGAAAGAGAAAGAUAUUUUGUCCAGUCAUUUCCAGGUUUACAAUAAAAAAUACAUUUGUUUGGAGUUUAGUAUGAGAAGAGAUGUGGGAAAAAAAAGGAAAAUACAGCUCACAUAGACACCUGCAUGGAAAGAACUGGUGAUCAUUUUACAUUCUAACUUUUCAGUGGUUUUGUUUUAAUUGUUUUACUUCUUAUUUCAAUAGUCCAUUCACAGUACUACAAAACCCAUGCUGAUAUAUUUCAAAUUUGAUUGACCGCGAAUGGCAUAAAUGUUGUCGCUUUUUAACGCUAAAAAGCAAAAUAACUUAUUAAAAUGACUACUACUAUAAACUCUACUCAAAUAGGAAAGUCAACUCUAACGCCUUUUUUCUCUAUAUAGACUAGUCUUCAUAAAACCUGUUCUGAUCAAACUUGUCAUAACAAGUGCUGUGAGUCCAACCCCUGUCAACAUGGAGGCACGUGUCAUGAAGUGUGUGACGUCACAAAGAGAAGAUUCAACUGCACAUGUCCGACAGGUUUUAGUGGAUUCAAGUGUCAAAUUGUGCCCCCGCUGAAAUCAUGCAAAGACGUAAUGUUGUUUGAGAAAACCAAAUCCAAUGGUAUCUACAACAUUGUUGACCAAAACAACAUUUCGUUCCCAGUUUAUUGCGACUUUGGUUCCGAGACUGGUAUGGCAUGGACUCUGAUCCAGUCCCACUCAUUCCAAAACAAUGGCGCCUUCACAGACAAACCAUUCUACCUGUACGACCUGCCAAUCAACCAAAAUACACCUGAAUGGAGUAGCUACCGUCUGUCGAUGUCCCGUAUGAAGUCAAUCGGAAAGAUCUCCACUCACUGGCGAGCCACUUGUAAUUUUACUACAGAUGGGAUGGACUACCGGGAUUACUGGAAAGUUUCUGUAGAAAGUUUGGAUCUUUUUGUGAAGCCUCCAACACAUGGCUUCUGUGUUUUCUCUGAGUUUGUCAACGUUCGUGGAAAUGAGUGCACCAACUGCACAGUUUUCACUGCGUACUCUGACACUUACACUCUGCACAUGGACAGCUGGUUUGGCUACUCAAGAGGCUGUGAAUUUGACGGAAAGCCUGGAGGAGUAUAUAACGAAGACAACUUUGGUCAUUACGGUGCAACUAACCCCGCUUUUCGCUGCACCUCGUCAGCGAACUCGACUACACAGUUCUGGCUUGGAAGUUCUUAG